AUGUCUGAUCGACGCAACGAACACUAUUCGAUGCCCAGAACACUCUCUCAGUCCCCGCUUUUCUGUUCUCCAGACAUGGCUGCUGAUUCCGAUCUCGAUUUCGACGAUACCAACGCUUUCGAACUCGAUACCGACUUGGUUACGUCAAAACCAAAGUUCAAUGCUGCUCGUUCGUCUACGCUUCCUCCAGGAUGGGAUGAUUUGUCAAAUGAAGAAGAACAGGAAGGAGAAGCCGAGGAGUAUGCUGGCGAAGGUGAAGAACACGCAGGGAACGGUCUCGACAUUCGCACACCGCCACUAAAUGAUAAUCCUUGGUUCACCCGCGAAGAGGCAGCGACCAUUCUGUCCGCCAUUGCCCUUGCCGAAGAGAAACCUCCCGGUAUCAAGGCCAUGGAUCUCGGCGCAGCUUUUGCUCGUCGUUCUGCAGACCUUGCUCGCGAUGCUGCUGCCGAUAUCAUCAAGCAACAGCCAAUAAAGAAAGCCGAAGCCAUGCAAGACCCAGAUGAACUUGAAUCAGAUAUCACUGACAGCGAAGAAGAGAAACCAUGGGGCUUCGCAUACCAGGGCUAUGCAUGGCGCAACGAUCCUAGGGCGAAGCAUCUGACCAUAGAGCAGAUGCAGGCGCAGAUGGAUGCAGAGAAGGAGGACGCCCCGCUCAUUCGGCGCCAGUCUGAGGACCUGGGCGAUGUCGUCCGCCAGUGCAACGAGAGGCGGGAGCGUCGGGCGGUCCGCAGGGCGGCAAAGGCCAGGAAGGAGGAGAAGGCCCGUCGUUGGGCGCCGUAUUGA